GGUUGCAUGCUGACGCGCAUCUUGCCCCCGCCGCGCAAAGCAGGCUGAGGAUGCGCGCCCGGCUGAGGCGCAGGCAUGGGGGGGGGGAAGCAGCAAACCUUUCCUCAGGCAAUCCGAAAUAGACUCCCUUGCCUGCCUGCCUGACUCAAUCAACUCAGCAAAACCACCUCCGCUCCCCAGCUCACUGCCCGGUGUGGGAGCGAGAGGACACACACUCGCAACAGGACACGCAAAACGCGAUAGCGGGGGGAGCUACUGCACUACCCAUGUACCGUAAUAAAAAUAAGACAUCCCUUGAAAAUAAGCCAUGGUGUGUUUUUUUGAAGAAAAAAUAAAUAUAAGACGUGUCUUAUAAUAUGAGAAACACGGUAAACAAGGUACUCAGAUUUCUGCUGUAAACCGCCCCUUUCUAUGAUGUAGGAUGACGUGCCUGGGGGUUGGUCUUGGGCUACACCCCUACUGUGAUGUAUGUAUGAUGUAUGUAUGAUGCUUCUAGAGGUGGCUCUGAUUGGAGUGGGGGAUUUAAAAUUGUUUAUUUAAGGGCAGGACACGUUUGUUUGGGGUUCCUUCCUUGUUCUCCUGCGUGAGGGGAAGGACCCUGCUGCAACAGCAAAAAUAAAGGCUUUGCUUCUCAAGAUUCUCUGGUUGGCCUCUGUUAUAUUCUCUGACUGAAGGAGAACCCAAUAAGGGCUCUUGUGUACCCCAUAAGGGAAUAAGGCCAGAUUUUAUUUAUAACAGUAGGUUGCCUGCUUGGGUGGGGGAUAAAAGUCACAGCUUGGCUAUCAGAAGCUAGCCAGUGAAUGAGAUUAAAAUCUGAGUUUUUGCAGUUGGUUGUUCUAAGGCUGUGUAUUUUUGCGAUGAUGACAACAACUGAUGUUCCUUUAACAAAAUUCAUUGUGUGAAUUAGUUAAUGAUCACUUGUUUGCUUUUGUAUGCUCAGUUUUGAAGCCUAGAAAAAUAUAUUUUUUUUUGAAAGGAAAGUAUAAUAAAAAAAGUGCUGUGUUCUUCUAGGGUAAUUGACCCUCUGGCAUCUGUAAUACUACUUCUGGAAAGUGGGGAGUGCAAAACAUGCUUAUGAAACCAGUGUGACUUGGGGCAAAAAAACAAUGUAUGCAUAGAAUUAGACUGUGUUUUUUUGUUUGCUUUUAAUAUUAUCCUCCUGGUGAUAUAAAUAUUGAACACCUGAGUCCUCCUUGGGUAAAGAACCUGAGUUCAGGAAUGCAAACACUAGCCAGCCAUGUAUUUAUACAGCACGUGGAGUUGGCUGAAGUCAAGUCCUUCUCAUAUAGAGUCCAUAGAAACAACCUUGGGAGUCUGUGAUCUCUAUUGCAAGCUGAAAGCAAGUAGACGGAGUCAAAAUGACUUCCCUGCUGCAAGAGAAACUCUAUGAAGCUCACACUCAGGCACCUCCUCCCAGUAAAGACUUUCAUCACUUGACCAUCACAAAAAAUGAGGUUAUCUGGCAGUCCUGGAGGAUUACAUUUCGACCAGAUCGAGAAAGGAUUUGCCCAAGAGAAGUGAAGAAACCCCAUAAAGAUUUUCUCUUGGAUGAACCAUUACACAAACAAAUGCAAGGUGUCUUUGGGAAGAAAACGCUAGACUACAUUCUCAGCUUAUGUCAAGGACACUAUGACUUCCUCCAUCGAAUUCCUGACCAUUUGAUCAUACACAUAUUGUCAUUUCUUAAUACAGAGGAUAUAAGGCAAUUGUCACAAACAUGUAAAAGGUUUCGGCAGCUAUGCAAUACUGAAGAAUUUUGGGAAAGAAGAAAAAGGGUGCAAGAUAAAUACACUCUUGAUAUACAAACUGUCAAGGUUUCAGCUUACAAGAAGCCCACUAAUUUCAGACAAAGACCAGGCUUUUUGCCACAGAUGCAAAGAAGGCAGACCACAUUCUUCUGAAACUGAUUGCAGAUCAAGACUCCUGCAUUCCACUUCAGCUAAAAUAAUCCAGGUACAAAAAAUGUCUUCAGAGGCAAGUCUUGCUAUUUCAAAAGUUCACCAAGCUGCUACACAGGAAUGGAGGAGCCUGCACCCAGUGAUGCAUGUAACAAUAUACUGAAGGUAAAACGAAGCCAGAAAGUGACAUUGUAAAAUCUUAUUCAUAAUGAAGAACACACAACAUAGAAUGAGGCGUUUUUGGACAAUAAACACUUCACAGCACCAAUGAGCUUUGGAUCACAUAAAUAUUCUUCAUGGUGCAGAAGUGCAUGUCUUUUCCUUUUCAGAUGCACCUGUGUGUUCUAGAAGUGGCAAGAGGUUGGUUCACUAGCAGUAAAUGUAGGGAAAUGGCUUUUCAAGUUGUGUGUUGUUUACUUCUCAAAAACAUGUUAAGAUGUUGCAAAUAAUUGCACAAUUUUUCUCAAAAUCAGAGAAACAAGUCAAAGAGAAUCAUGUGUAUAAAUAAUAAAAGUAAUGUAAGAUCCAGUAGGUUCCCUAUGUUUCUGCCUUUCCGGGAGAAAGUACACAAUACAGUUUUAAUCAUAUGCUAAAGACACAACUCUUUACCUUGGCUUUGACACUUGAGAUGUAUAUUUUUAGGCCCCAUCAUAUUAUUGUGAGAGUAAUUUGUUUUAAAUUCUUUUAAAUGUAUUUUAAAUUGUGACCUGCCCUGAGGCCUUAGGGUGAAAGGCAGUACUACAUCAAUUUUGUUAUUGUUGUUAUUAACUUUUGGUCUAGUUUUUCUGGUUUAUCAUCUGGGAAACAAAAGAAUAGUUCAAAUCGAGUGGAGAGUCAGAUUAGCACAGUACUUUUGAAGCUGGUUUGGUAUUUUUAAU